AUGUUAUCUAAUAGUAGCAAUUCCAUCCCUAUCAUUUUCCUCAUUACUGAUGGGUCUGUUGAAGAUGAGAGACAUAUUUGUGAUGUUAUGAGAAGUCAAUUAACAAAUCAACAAAAAGUUUGCCCACGAAUAUACACAUUGGGCAUAGGUUCAUUCUGUAAUCAUUAUUUUCUUCGGAUGCUUGCAAUAAUCAGCCGCGGAUAUCAUGAUGUUGCUUAUGAUGCAGAUUCAAUUGAGGUUCGAAUUGGACGACUAUUUGCUACAGCCGCCUCUAUCUUUCUUGCAAAUAUUUCCUUCGAGGGUCUCGAUAACCUUGAUGAACUUGAGGUGUUUCCUUCCAGAAUUCCGGACCUUUCAUCUGAAAGCCCUUUGAUUAUAUCAGGCAGAUACCGGGGAAUGUUUCCUGAGACCCUUAGAGUCAAGGGUUACCUUGCAGACAUAAGCAAUUUUUCUUUGAACCUGAAAGUACAAGAGGCAAAGGGGAUACCUAUUGACAGGAUACUAGCAAAACAACAGAUUGAGCUACUUACAGCUCAGGCCUGGUAUUCAGAAAAUAAGGAGCUUAAAGAAAAGAUUGCAAAAAUGAGUGUACAAAAUGCAAUUGUUUCAGAAUAUACACACAUGAUCUUGCAUGCGACCGAGAGAGGGAGAAAAGGUAGUGAAUCAACCAGUGCCCAACAACAGGUUUCAAGCAAAGCAGAUCCUCAUAGGACAGAAGAUUCUAUACCUCAAAAGAUAAUAGGGGUGCAUAAGCUCGGAAUUGGUUUUGGAAAUUUAAGUGCUACUGCUGAGAACACUCAUCCAGGAUGCAAAGAAAAAUGUCCCCCUGAUGCUGGAGAGAUUUUCGUGGAGGCAGCUUCAAAUUGUUGCGGAAAUCUUUUUGGGCACUGCUGUUGCAUGUGCUGUAUUCAAUGUUGUUCACGGUUAAACGACCAGUGCAUGAUCGCAUUCACGCAGCUCUGCGGUGCCUUGGCAUGUUUAGGUUGUGCUGCAUGUUGUGAUGCAUGUGGUGGACAAGAUUGA